CACAAAACUUUCCUUCCGCCCCACACUUUCUCAGUUUGUUAAUCUCCGCGUUCACACUUGCAUUUUUCAUAUUUUUCAAAAAGCCAAACACUUUUUCUCCUUCUUUUCCUAUUUUGCUUCUUCUUCUUCUUCUUCCUCAAUUUCCUUCUUCUUGUUGUUGUUGUUUCUGCAAAUCUGUACCUUAUAUGAAACUCGAGCUCCAGAGAGACCCAGCAGCACACCCAACACACCCUGCAGCUGAAGGCCUAUCCACCAUCUACACCUUCCUCCAGAACUCUCUCCACGCGCAAAUGAAUGAGAACGGAAACGGAAACGCCAGGAAACGGCGUCGUAAAGACUCCAGCGGCGGCGAGAAGAAGAAGAAGGAGCUGAAGGGCGUAGUCGCCUCCUUGUCGCUGCUAGAAGAGGAGGAGAAGCAGGACGAGCGGGAGCACGACAGGGCAACGAAUGACGACGCGUCGUUUAUCCAAGAGAAGCACACGGAGAGAACCAAGGCCAUGCUCGAUUGCUACUCCGAUUUCCAGGAGUGCUCCUCGGAGGUGGAAGAAUCCGAAACGAUGAAGCGGAGAAAAUCGAGAAGCGCCGCCGUUUCGGCGGAAGCCGAUGGAGCUGAUAAAGGUAAGCCGGGAGUCGGGUCGGGUCAACAUCGGCGGCUGUGGGUCAAGGACAGGUCGAAAGCGUGGUGGGACGAGUGCAACCAGCCGGAUUUUCCGGAAUCGGAAUUCAAAAAGGCGUUUCGGAUGGGGAAAUCCACGUUCGAUUUGAUAUGCGAGGAGCUUAACUCCGCCAUCGCGAAGGAGGAUACGACGCUGCGGUCGGCGAUUCCGGUGCGGCAGAGAGUGGCGGUGUGCCUGUGGCGGCUGGCCACCGGCGACCCGCUCCGCCUCGUGUCUAAACGAUUCGGCCUCGGCAUCUCGACCUGCCACAAGCUCGUUCUCGAGGUCUGCUCCGCGAUUCGUACGGUUCUGAUGCCAAAGUAUCUGCAGUGGCCGGACGAGGCCGCGGCGAGGAAAAUUAAAGACGAGUUCGAGGGUAUUUCUGGGAUUCCAAACGUUACUGGGUCUAUGUACACCACGCAUAUACCCAUCAUCGCACCCAAAAUCAGCGUCGCUGCGUACUUCAAUAAACGGCACACCGAUAGGAACCAGAAGACUUCUUACUCGAUCACCGUGCAGGGGGUGGUGGACGCCAAAGGCGUUUUUACCGACGUGUGCAUCGGAUGGCCAGGAUCAAUGCCGGAUGAUCAGGUGCUGGAGAAAUCGGCGUUGAAUCAGAGGGCUAACAAUGGUCUGCUGAAGAACGUGUGGAUUGUUGGGGGUGCUGGGUUCCCUCUGAUGGACUGGGUGCUGGUGCCGUACACCCAGCAGAACCUAACGUGGACCCAGCACGCUUUCAACGAGAAGAUUGGGGAGAUUCAGAAUGUCGCCAGAGAUGCGUUUGCUAGGUUGAAAGGGAGGUGGUUUUGCUUGCAGAAGAGGACGGAAGUGAAGCUGCAGGACUUGCCGGUGGUUCUCGGGGCGUGCUGUGUUUUGCACAACAUUUGUGAGUUGAGGAAGGAGGAGAUGGAUCCCGAGCUCCGGUUCGAGCUCGUCGACGACGAGAUGGUCCCGGAGGUCGCUCUGAGGUCGACGAGCUCGAUGAAGGCCAGGGAUGCCAUUGCUCAUAAUUUAUUGCACCACGGCCUCGCGGGUACUAGCUUUCUUUAGGUAAGCUCCUUAUAUCUACUAAGUCACUGUCUGACACGUACUCGUUACAUGUACAAAUCAUUAACAAAUCACAAUCUAACACGUACAUCUAAGGAGUACAUGUAAGGAGACAGGUAUUUUUCCUUCCUCCCUUAUUUGUAAUUUGUGUGGAGGGGCUCUUUGUAAAAGAUAUACUUCAAUAUCACAGAACACGUUGUUGUAACAUGAUAUUUCGCACUUCAAUUGCCAAGUAAGAUAUUAAUGAAGUUGCUUAGCAAAUUAUUUAUUUAUUA